CACGAACUGGGUGCAUGCCAAUGCUGCCAGGCUUGCUUAUCCCUGGCUAAACGCCCCAUCGCCGUUAGAGAUUGAUAUCCCGGUGGACCGGAGGUCCCUUUUCUUUCCACCAAUAACGGGACCAUUGCAAUGCCACGCCAGGCACAGAAGCUUAGUUGUGUCCCCGGAUAUAAAAGUCGAGGACUUCCAUGGUUUAUACCAUUCCAACACACAGCUUCACUCCUUGCCUUUCCUCUGUUGACCAGAUCCAUUCAUUCUUUUACUAUCCGUUCUGUUGACCAGAAUCACCAUGCACUCCAUCCAGCUCCUUAGUUUGGCCGCCGUCGGCUCCCUCGUCUCUGCGGCCCCCGCUCCUUCUCGUGUCUCUGAGCUCGUCAAGAAGUCCUCUUCGACUUGCACUUUCACCUCCGCCUCCGAGGCCAGCGAGAGCAUCUCCAAGUGCUCCAACGUGGUCCUCAGCAACAUCGAGGUUCCCGCUGGUGAGACCCUCGACCUGUCUGAUGCUGCCGAUGGCUCUACCAUCACCUUCGAGGGUACCACGUCCUUCGGCUACAAGGAAUGGAAGGGUCCCUUGAUCCGUUUCGGCGGUAAGGACCUCACCGUCACCCAGUCCUCCGGCGCCGUCAUCGACGGUGACGGCUCCCGCUGGUGGGACAGCAAGGGCACCAACGGUGGCAAGACCAAGCCCAAGUUCAUGUACAUCCACGAUGUCGAGGACUCGACCUUCAAGGGUCUCCAGAUCAAGAACACCCCUGUCCAGGCCAUCAGUGUCCAGGCUACCAACGUCUACCUGAACGACUUCACCAUCGACAACUCCGACGGUGAUGACAACGGCGGCCACAACACCGACGGUUUCGACAUCAGCGAGAGUACCGGUGUCUACAUCAGCGGUGCCACCGUCAAGAACCAGGACGACUGCAUUGCCAUCAACUCCGGCGAGAGCAUCUCUUUCACCGGCGGUACCUGCUCCGGCGGCCACGGUCUCUCCAUCGGUUCCGUUGGUGGCCGUGACGACAACACCGUUAAGAACGUCACCAUUGCUGAUUCCACCAUCAGCGACUCCGCCAACGGUGUCCGUAUCAAGACUAUCUACAAGGAGACCGGUGAUGUCAGCGAGAUUACCUACUCCAACAUCCAGCUCUCCGGUAUCAGUGACUACGGUAUUGUCAUCGAGCAGGACUACGAGAACGGCAGCCCUACUGGCACUCCCUCCACUGGUAUCCCUAUCACCGAUGUCACCGUUGACGGUGUCACUGGUUCCAUUGAUGAUGAUGCCGUCCAGGUCUACAUCCUUUGCGGUGACGGCAGCUGCUCUGACUGGACCUGGAGCGGCGUUGACAUUACUGGUGGAAAGACCAGCUCGGACUGCGAGAACGUUCCUUCUGGUGCUUCUUGCUAGAUGCGCUCUAGGACAUGUAUAUAUUAGUUGUAGUGACUACCUAUGGU